AUGGCUGAAGAGCAACCUCGACGAGUGACCUUGGAAGAUUACUCAAGUACUAUGGUGCCACAAUAUUUCUCAAGUGUUGCGCGGCCAGAGGUUCAAGCACAAAACUUAACUUACCCACCUUCAUUGAUACAGCUAAUACAAAGCAAUUUGUUUCAUGGGUUACCAAAUGAAGAUCCAUACUCACACUUGGCAACAUAUAUUCAGAUUUGUAAUACUGUCAAGCUUGCCGGUGUACCUAUAGAUGCUAUUAGGCUCAGCCUGUUUUCAUUUUCUUUAUCUGGGGAGGCCAAGAGAUGGUUGCAUUCAUUCAAGGGCGACAAUUUAAAGACCUGGGAUGAAGUUGUUGAGAAGUUUCUAAAAAAAUAUUUCCCAAAGUCUAAAACUGCAGAGGGAAAAGCUGUAAUUUCUUCAUUCCACCAAUUUCCCGAUGAAUCUUUGAGUGAGGUAUUAGAAAGAUUCCAUAGCUUGCUGAGGAAAACUCCCACUCAUAGUUUUUCAGAGCCUAUACAACUGAACAUCUUCAUUGAUGGGUUAUGGCCGCAGUCAAAGCAGUUACUCGACACUUCUGUAGGAGGAAAAAUUAAGUUGAAGACACCUGAAGAAGCCAUGAACUUAAUUGAAAAUAUGACUGCUAGUGACCACACAAUUUUGCAUGAUAGAGUUCACAUUCCUAAUAAGAAGAGUUUAUUGGAGCUUUCAUCACAAGAUUCCUUGUUGGCCCAAAAUAAGUUGUUGUCCAAGCAACUUGAAGCUUUAACUGAAACACUAAGUAAGUUGCUAACUCAAUUGCAUGCUAGUCAAUCUUUACCCUCAUCUGUUUUGCAGGUUACAGGUUGUACACUUUAUGGUGGAGCUCAUGGGUCAAGCUUGUGUAUUCCCACUGAAGAAACAUCUCAUGAAGUAAAUUACAUGGGAAACCAGCCUAGACAAAAUUUUAAUGUAGGUGGCUUUUCUGGAUUUCAACAUGGCCAACCUUACCAGCAGCAGAAUCAAUGGAGAACUCACCCUGGUAAUCAGUUCAAUAAAGACCAGGGUGGGCCACCUAACAGGCCACAACAACAAAGGUCUGGCUUAUAUGAGAGAACAACAAAGUUGGAAGAAACUCUUGCUCAGUUUAUGCAGGUGUCAUUGACUAAUCAUAAGAGCACAAAGUUAGCCAUCAAAAAUCUAGAGGUCCAGGUAGGGCAACUAGCUAAACAGCUUGCAAAAAAAUCUUCUAGUACUUUUGGAGCUAACAUUGAGCAUAAUCCAAAAGAAGAAUGCAAGGCUGUGAUGACCUGA